ACAUUUAUUGCCUUCGUAACGGAAGAGUCCAAGUCCUCUGUUCCCAUCCUCCACCCCCACACUCAACUCUCUCCUCCGCGAGGCUACCACCGGCAAUGGCGGCAGGCCUCUCCGCCGCCGCAUCCCCCCAGCCGGUCACCGCCUCCAAGCUCUCCCCGCUCCUCCUCCUGCCCACGCCAGCGGCCUCUCUCCCCCUAUCCCGGCAAUCACUCUUCGCUCCCUCCCUCCCCAGGAGCUACCUCAGCUACUGCCGUUCCCGGAGAAAGGCGCGCCUCCUCACCGUCUGCUUCGUCCUGGACGAACGUAAGCAGAGCACUCCCACUGAAAUUCUCUCUGGAGAGUCCUCAGAAUCGGAUGACGGCACGAAGAUUGAGCCCAUCGUGAUAAAUUCUCGAGCGGCAGAGAGGCUCGCGAGGAAGAGAUCCGAGCGGUUCACUUACCUUAUCGCGGCUGUAAUGUCCAGCUUUGGGAUCACUUCCAUGGCAGUUAUGGCCGUUUACUACCGAUUUUCCUGGCAAAUGGAGGGAGGGGAGGUUCCUCUGUCGGAGAUGUUCGGCACUUUCGCACUCUCUGUGGGCGCUGCUGUGGGUAUGGAGUUUUGGGCGAGAUGGGCUCACAAAGCUCUAUGGCAUGAUUCUCUGUGGCACAUGCACGAGUCCCACCAUAAACCCAGAGAAGGCCCUUUCGAGCUCAACGAUGUGUUCGCCAUCAUCAAUGCGGUACCCGCCAUAGCUCUCAUGUCCUACGGUUUCUUCCACAAGGGACUUGUUCCCGGUCUUUGUUUCGGUGCGGGGCUAGGCAUCACAGUGUUUGGGAUGGCCUACAUGUUCGUCCACGACGGUCUCGUCCACAAGAGAUUCCCGGUGGGGCCCAUUGCCAACGUGCCUUACUUCAGAAGGGUGGCUGCAGCCCAUCAGCUCCAUCACUCCGACAAAUUCGAUGGCGUUCCCUACGGGCUCUUUCUUGGACCGAAGGAACUCGAGGAAGUGGGAGGCCUGGAGGAGUUGGAGAAGGAAAUUAGCCGGAGGAUGAAAUCAUACAAGGGCUCAUAAUUGUUAAAAUAAAAUUUCCAUAUUAUGUAUAUGAGACCCAAUUUUCACUUUUAACUUAGGAUUUUUCUCUGUAAAGAAUCAAUCCAUAGUCAUGAAUGAGAGGAGAAUUUUGGGUUGGCCAUCGCCGUUAUCUUGUCUAAGUCUAGCAAAAGUACAGCGUAUUGGGGAGGGGGAAAAAAAUGAAAGUCAACAUGUGUAAGAGUUAAGGUCUCAUAGGAUGAAGCUCAUUGCCAAAAAUCCUGCUUGCAUCGCUAUUAACCUGCAAUAUCUUGUUUGUGUUG